AUGCGUUUGCUGUGUGCCCGCGAAAAAAAACAGAGUACUGUUUACCCUGACACGUACAAAGCCUGUAAACAAACGUGCCACGUCAUAUCGUGCGGCGCGGAGGAAUAAAUACAGGAGGUGCAAGCGGCACGCUGGGGCAGAAGGCAGGCAAAAGGCACACUCAUUCGCGGGCCGCACGUGCAGCGGCGGCGCGGCGCGGGUGGAUCGCCGACGGCGAGAGGAGCAAUGGUGGCGCCCGGCGGCGGAGGAGGAGGGGCGGCGUCGUGGCCGUCGGAGGGGGAGCUUGAUGUUGUUCGAGCAAAGGUAGUGGAGAUUAGUGGAAGGGGUGCAGGAGAGGUCAGGGUGGUUGCUUGCCCCUACAGGAUUUGCCCUCUGGGGGCUCACAUCGAUCAUCAGGGUGGAACUGUCACAGCUAUGACCAUUAAUUAUGGUGUACUUCUCGGUUUUGUGGCCUCUGAUGAUGCCGAGAUUUCACUCCAAUCUGGUCAAUUCGAAGGUGUGAUACGAUUCAGAGUUGAUGACUUGCAAAAGCCCAUUGAAAACCCAGAAAACAUAAACUGGGAGAGCUAUGCAAGAGGUGCUGUUUAUGCCCUGCAAAAUUUUGGAUAUGAUCUCAAGAAGGGUAUUAUAGGAUAUAUUUCUGGUGUGAAAGGACUUGACAGUUCAGGGCUCAGUUCAUCUGCAGCAGUCGGGAUUGCCUAUUUGAUGGCUUUAGAAAAUGUGAAUGAUCUGGUUGUAUCACCAGUGGACAACAUUCAGUUGGACAAGUCCAUCGAAAAUAAAUAUUUGGGUCUUGAAAAUGGUAUUCUGGAUCCAUCAGCUAUUUUGCUCUCACGGUAUGGCUAUCUCACCUUCAUGGACUGCAAGACCGCCACACAUUCCUACGUCUACUUCUCAGUGUUGAGUAAAAGUCAGCAAUGUCAAGGAGAACUACCAUUCAAGAUUUUGUUAGCCUUUUCAGGGCUGCAACAUAACCUACCGAAGAAGAGUGGAUAUAAUACGCGAGUUUUUGAGUGCAAAGAGGCUGCCCGUGCUCUUUUAUGUGCUUCAGGCUGUGAAGAUGCAUCAAGUAUUCUUCGUAAUGUUAACCCAGCCAUAUACGAGGCUCAGAAGUGUAUAUUAGAAGAAAAUCUCGCUAGGAGAGCUGAGCACUACUUCUCUGAGAUGAAGCGAGUUGUCAAGGGAAGAGAUGCGUGGGCUCGUGGAGAUCUUCGUGAGUUUGGCCAGCUGAUCUCUGCAUCUGGUCGCAGCUCCAUACUGAACUAUGAAUGCGGGAGCAAGGAGAUGAUCCAGCUGUACGAGAUCCUCCUCAAGGCACCCGGCGUCCUCGGCGCGCGGUUCAGCGGCGCCGGCUUCAGAGGCUGCUGCCUCGCCGUCGUGGAGAGCGGCCACGCGGAGGCGGCGGCGGCGUUCGUCCGGGCCGAGUACGAGAAGGCGCAGCCGGAGCUGGUGAGCAAGAUCCCGCCGGGCCGCCGCGUGCUGGUCUGCGAGCCCGGUGACGGCGCCCGCGUCAUAUAGCUCACCGCCCACCGCCGUUCUGCCGGUCUCGCCGGAGCAGCCUCGCAUUGCCGUGCCCGGCGCGCCGCGAAGGCGGUGGCGUCGUGGCGACGCCGGCGUGCAAGGAUGGACGGUGGUCGCUUGGGCCUCGGCGCGGCGAGCUCCCCCGGUUUACGCGUACGGAGCUUGGCUAGUUCCAGUUGAGACUUGAGAGUGGGUGUAAUGGUAAUGGUAUAGGUACGAACUGUCCGUGUGUAUACGGGUACAGACUACAGAGUGCCAGCUUUUGUCCGUGUAUGUGUAGAACCAAUUGAUGAUCAAUUUUUGAUAAAUAUCUCAGCAAUAAGCAGCGACGUAGAUAUGUACUAUUACAUGAUGACUACGAUUGCAUUGCACCGAUGAUGAAAAGGCGUUAUCGUUCUUGCCACUAA